AAGAAUACGACUCAAAAGUGAACACAUUUUGUGACGCAUAACACCGUAUUGAAUGUAUUAAUGCGUUCAAUCAAAUAGUCUGUAUGUGUUUGUGUGAACAACUGUGUUAUGAAUUGCCAUUAAAUUGUGUUUUCAAUUAAAUUGUGUUAAAUUUACAAUCGAUUUACUGUUGAAUUGAAUGUAUUGAUUGAAUUGUAUAUUAUAUGACAUGUAUUAGUCGUAUUAGUUGUGAAUGACGUGCAAUACAUGUAUUGCUAGGAAGUGGUGCCAAAAGGGGCUGAUCUUUGGUUUGUACUGUAAUUGUGAUUACAUUAUAGGCUUUGCUGUGAAAUAGUCGUCAGUAUUAAUGUAUUAAUAUUUUGAGUGAAUUUUGUUGAGCGCUGUCUUAUAGUAGUAGUAAUAGUAGUAAUACUGUAUAUAUAUUAAUGCUAUACUACUCUAUGUAUUGAUAGUAUUGAAAGAGAAAGCAAUACUACAGUAGUGUUGAGUGUUUCCAUAGACUCUAAUACUGUAUUAUAUUAGCCAUUGAUUUGGCAUUCAUUGUGUGCUUUCAAGUAUUGCAUUCAUCUUAUAGUUAUAGUGUAUAUGUGUUGGUGUUAUGGGAGGAGAGGAUCGCCAUAAUCACAGCCAUCACAUGAACGCACCGAUUGGACACCAAUUGUCAUCACAUUACCAGUCAUGUCAUCGGUGGUGACGACAACAUGAGUGGACAGUUAAGUGUCAGCAUAUGCUAAGUGGCCAAACACUAACACAUCCCAGUGCUCACAACUCGCGCCUCAACUCAAACAUCUUGUGUCGAGCUGUAGAUGCAAUGCUUGACACUCAAGCCAUGUCUUAAUGUCUUUCAGUGAUGUCCUCCCGAUGACAUGUGCACCAAAAGUGUGGUCCGUUUUCGCCUUUCACUCAAAGAUAACAAUUGCGAGACAUUAGAAAAAAUAAAUUUGAAUCUUAACGACAAAACCAUUAAUACGAUUGAAAAUCAAUCCAAAUAUCUGUCGACUAUCUGUUCAUCAAUACGUCAGACAAUUGGACUCAAAGCUAACAACUCUUUAAUUACUGAAAACAUUAAUAUGAAUAAAGGGCUACAAAACGGCCAUCAGUUGAAUGAGAACAGCAUCAGUGACAACAAACUGGACAUUAUCUCAAUUAACACGACUGUAAACACUACAACAACAACAAGUUCUUCAAGUACUUCCACACCAUUAGUAAAUAACAGUUGCGAGUCUACAAUGGGUCUGUUAAACGCAUUGCCUAAAGACACGCAUCAACUGUUAAGUACACUGAAGAGCGGCAAACCAGAGAACGGACAGAGACUUAAUUUAAAUACCAUUUCUUGGAGUGAUUUGAAGCAACAGACAAAUGUUAAUAACAAACUCAUGGAUGAAGCGAUACAUUUACCACAAACCGAUGUCAUUAGUGAUACAAAUCAAACGGAUAAUAUCCCACAAAACUCUUUAAUAAAUGACCAAAUAGUGGAUCAAAUGAUUGAUGAAGAACUUAGCAAAAGUGAACCACAUAUUAGUGAUGGUGUCAACAGUGAUGCACUACUUGAGAACAAUGCCAGUGAAGAACAACAUACUGAGCUUUUGCUGACACCACAAACAGUUGAUUUUAAUAAAGAAAUAUUGAAUGAAGUAUCAGAUUCUGGAACUGUUUUACCUAAUGUUGAGGUGAAGAUAACUGAUUUCAAAGACGAACAAAUGUCUUUAAUCCGACAUUCAGAGCGCUUAUUAAGAAGAAUAAGACGUUUGCAGUUCCGCCAAACGCACAAUUAUAUGACUCAACAAAUGAAAUCGUUUGUAAAAAACCAACAAAUGAUUUUAGGAGUCGGUUGUCAGCGACAACCUUCUGAAUCCAAUCCCAUUUCAGUAAUGAAGUUCCAAUCAAACGCCAGUCAAGUGGAGGAUCGCAUGAAACUAUUGACUCCCGAAGUAACUAAAGGCUUAUCGACGUCAGCACUGGUCAAUCUGGUCAAGAGAUUGGAAUCAACUAACACUCCCAAUGAGACCAAUCAUUUACAUGAUUUUUGUCCCCAAACACCCAUUCGUGCACCGCUUCAAACAUCUUCACUGUCAUCAACAUCUCAAUCAUCAAAUCUUGUACCUCAAACUAAUCAAAUGACUACUACUUGUUCCCAACACAUCCCCAAUACAAACAAUGAAUCGUCUUUAGUUAAGUUAUUACAAAGAACUCAAUCAACAACACCUUCUCAGACCUCAUCACAAUCACAUCCAACAAGAAUUAGUGCCGAAGAUAAAGAACAGAUUCUCAAUACAAUUGAUUCGUUUUCGGCUAAUCUAAGACAUUUUGAAACGGGAUAUGAUUCCGAUGCCACCGAAAGCAGUUCCGGAGGUGAAAGUUGUGAUGAAUUUGAGGAUUAUAGCGAUGAGUCGACAUCAUCGCAACAUUCAGCUCCCACUCAAAGCUCAGGACAUGUGUUUCCAAUCCGUAAGCGGUCGUGUUGGAAGUGGUGCGUUGAACGGGCAGCCAUUGCCUCGCGUUGGACAUGGCUUCAGGCACAGGUAGCAGAUUUAGAAUUCAGGAUUAGACAACAAAACGAAAUGUAUCGCCAAUUAAGAGCUACAAAAGGGGUGAUAUCAUUUGGAACGGGUGAUCAUAAGUUAACUGUUCCAACAAAUUUAGUUACUAAAGCCAACAUUACAACAACAACGCCCACCACAUCAACUGCACAACUAUCUCAAACAUCAACACAAAGUCAAUCGGUGAAUGCGACCCCUAAAGUGUUGGAUGUUUCGGAUACAGUGCCCAAAACUGGACAAAAUGAUCAAUUAGUGUCCAAUAGUACCGAUAGUGAUAAUCAUUGUUGUAUGCGAACCUUACCGUUGAAUAGUAUGCGUAAGCGAAAACUAGUCCAUUCAAUGAGUGCUCUAUCGGGUGCCACAAGAAAAGCUGCAAAAUAUUCAACAAUACUGUGUUCGUGUAAUGGCUUGCCUGACAUCAUGUGGCCCUGUGUUCUAUGUAACGGACGGUAUAGUUAUGUCCACGUGAUCGACACGGACUGUAUGCCACACUUUGAAAGGGUAUCACUUCUAGACUCGUCCUGUCAUCCGGUUCUGUCAUUAAACAAUGAUGUAUCUCUUGGACUUCAUUUGACUGAGUUAUUAAAACGUGAAACAAUACAGCGUCCAAUACCAUCACGACAUCUAAAUAAAAAAAGAUCGCAAAAGAGUCCUCCGUCGCCAACAGUGACCAACAAAUUCUUUUACGAUUCUUCUAAAAACAAAAGUCCGAAACGAUCGCAAUCUGUGAUUUCAUCAACAAAGUUGAAAAGGAAAUACGGCGAUCGGGCUAAACGUCGUUAUGUUCGCCGAUCGGGUGUUUCAAGUGAUGAGUUUUGGCGUAAUAAUAACAACAAUAAGAGAGGUCGACCUCGUGAACGGACAUCAAGUGGUAGUUCACGUACUGAAUCCCCCAUUCCAUCGCCGGUUCCGUCGGAAGGAAGUACUUCGUGUACAUCACACCCAACCAGUGCACCACUUCAUAGACGACGGCGCAGUGAACAACACGCCUUUGAUAUUAAUAAUAUUGUGAUUCCCUAUAGCAUAGCGGCUACUACUCGGGUUGAAAAACUUCAAUAUAAAGAAAUAAUUACUCCUAAGUGGCGUAAAACUGAAGAUCCGGAAACAAAUUUUAAUUUUUUGAGUUUGAAAACAAAAACUGAGACCAACACCGCCAAAGAAACAAAGACUGUUACAAAUCAAUUGAGUACUAAUGAUGACGAAGAAGAAGAUAUGUCUGACAUAGCAUUUAAUUUAAGACACAUUAAGUGUGAAGAAGAAGAGAGAAAACGGAUUUUGUCUUAUAUUAAAGGAAACAAAAGUGGAAAUUUACGUCGCGGUCGGGUUAGGUUUGACAGCACUCGUUCCGAUACAAAGGAAUCGACCGGUGGAGGAGAUAAUGUUUUUAACAACGAAUCGAUGAGUCAGGACUCAGUUAACGGUCCACCCACUCCUGUUGUUAUCAAUCAUAAUAACAUUGACUUAAAUAAUAGCGAUUAUCAACCACCCGAGCGAACCGAACGACGCAGAAAUGCAUCUCUUUCUUCUCGUAGAGACGACUCUAUCGAUGAAAAUGUUGAAACUGUUGUUCCUUUUGAUUUAAGAACAUUUCCAUUGAAUGACUUAGAGAUUGAAAAAUUGACGAAAGAAGACGCCAGUUAUUUGUGUCCACUCGAUAAUACAUUAGAUGAUUCUAUUAAUGAUCCCGAAAAGUCUAAUGAGGGAACAAUUACAGCCAACAAUAGUCGUGCGCCAACACCUGUCGACUCGGAUGGCGCUGAAAGUGUCACUGGAAAUAAUGAUGAGAUGGACGAUGAAGAUCCUGAAUGGGAGCCCAAAAAGUGAUGAUAUCAUGACUUAUGGAUUAUAGUGUGGUUUACAGUGAGAACAUUCUGUCAUUUUUUCAAAACAAAUUUAUAUCAAGUUUUGGUUAUCCAUUCUUGAAUUAUGUCUAAAAAACCAAAUGUAAUGUAAGAAAUUGUAUAUAUUUUCAUCUCUUUUUAUUUUUAGUUACAAUUAAGUCCAAAAUUCAAAUUUUAAAUUAGAUUUAUUUAUUAAUCGUCAAAUUAUUCAUUAAAAUUAACUAUUAUGUCGCAAUCACUAUAAUCACAAUAUAUACAAAAUUGUUUUACCGGUAAUACUGUAUUUGAAUACCUCUUAAAUUUGAAGUUUUGGACUUAAUUAAUAUCUAACUAUUGAAAAAAGCAAUUUAAAGUCAUUAUUAUUAUUACUUUAUUAAAUUAAAAAACAUUUUUAUGUUUAGUUUUUACUUUCAUUC